AUGGACAGCGAAAUGAAAGACCGGCCAUCACAGUCAGUGACAGCGGGCGCACAGAAUCAUGAGGGAGAACCAGUACUUGACUUCUCUCAACUCACUCCUUCGCAGUUCGGGAUUUCGUCAAACAGCUUCUCUGCUGUCUCUUCACACAAAGACAAGUCGAGAGUGGCCCAGUUAAAGGCACGACGGAGGUCUACAAUCGGGGUCCGAGGAUCUCCUGAAACGAACUCACUGAUCUGCUACAUCGCCAAACAGAGGAUGAAAACGCCAACUCGGAGUCCACAGCGCCCACAGGCAAGCCCCUUCCUGCCGCGAUAUGACUCUCUGAAGCAGAAGAUGGCUGCCUUCCAGCACCUGAUAGAGGAGGAACAGGGUGAGAAUCUAAAGCCAGCUGUCACUCUUAGGAAGGCCAGUGAGGCGGGGAGUAAAAACGGCACUCUGGGAAAAGAGUGCCCAUCUGAUGCAGAAGGGAAGGAGAAUCGGCUCACCCCAGAAUAUCAGCCCUCUGUCACCCCUCCUCCCUCCAAGAAACGGUGCCGGGCCCCGCUCGGUGGAGGCGAUAAGGAGAUAAAUGAGGCGUCCCGCCCUGUCCCCGCCUGCACCUCUCCAAAAGAGCCGAGGGAGAGGACCACUGAAUUCCUAAGUCCAAAGCCACCUCAAGACCUGGGCUGGAAGACUCAGAAUCAGCUGCUCUCCCUCCCCAUGCUGUCGCACGUGGAAGUGAACAGAACAGAUGGAGCGGAGGGCUCCUCGGUUUGUAAGAAAAAACGGGUUCGCUUCGGGGUGCCCCUGUCCCCCGAGUUUUUCGACAAAACCCUUCCCCCGAGCACCCCUCUCCAGAAGGGGGCGACUCCGAAAUGCCCGAUGUCCUCUGGCGGGUCCAAACUGCGCUCUUUGUUAAAAACCCCCCAGAGAAACGACCCUCCCCUCCCCCAGCCGGAUUUCAGCAGUCCACCCAGUAACGGGGCGUCCCCUACCCUCGCCCCCAGAAGCACCCGGAACGUGGAACCGUACGGAGAAAAGGAGGAUAAGAUCAGCUUCCUAAUUAUGGAGGAAGAAUUUGACAACCCACCGGAGGAUGGCAAAGAUCUCGUGGAAGCUUCGGAGUGCCCUGAGGAGUCAGUCUUCACCGAGCUCCAGCCUUUCGAUAUGGAUUCUGCCUUUCAUGAAGAUCCUGCUGCAGCCACACACACAGAACCUGAAGUGGACUUCACUUCAAACCUGGAUCCAGCGCCUGAGUUAGAACCAGAAUCCAUCCCUGUAGCAGAACCUCCCCACUCGCGCAGCCGGAAAAGGAAGCAACCGACAGAGAUGGUCCCGGAAACGAGGAGGAGCACUCGCUCGGCUGCUCUUUCUGCCUCGGGGAAGAUGAAGAAAACGUCAUCGGUGAAGAGGGGCUUUGGCAGUAAGGCCGUUGAUCGUUCUCUUUAUGGAAAGAGAGACUACGCCUCCAAAAACCCUUUACUCAGCCCCAUUCCAGAGACACUGCUCUCAGCAAGUCUGCCUAACACCCCAGAACAAGCAUCCACAGUCACUGAGGUCGUCAUUGGGACUGCAUCUCCCAUCAUCCCUCAUUCUGAAGCAGGCCAUAGUGAUGCCACCGCCAGACUGGUGUCUGCGGCCGCCAUGUGGUGUCGCCGCUUCGGCCCAGGAGCCAAUGAGAAGGCCCAGAGUGAAACCUCAGCCAGUGAAAGUGAGCCAAUCAGAGGGGGCGCUGAGAUUGACCUGUCCUUGAGCCAAUCACACAUCACCGUAGCUUCUACAGAUGCUGUUGUUGACACGACAACACAGGGAGCUUGCAUGGGCCCAGCAAGGUCAAGGACAAAGAGCCCUAAACGUAAAAACAGCUCAGAAAAGCCAACAUGUCCCCGAAGGAGGUCAGGCAAAACGAGUGGCAGGAGAGAAGCUGAGCUUCAUGUAGACUCCAGUGGAGAGUCAGAGGGAUCAGAGACUGAUCACAGCAAAUCUGGGAAGAAAAUUAAACAAAAGCACGAUGGAGCUGAAACCGAGACGGUAUCUUCUGACGUCACCCGAGCAAGUCAUUCUGAUACCCCCAGCCAGUUAAAACUUGAGACGACACACGCUUCAGUCAGACUAGAAACCACUCAGGAGAAAGAUCUAGAGAGCCCAGUGAGCCCUGAUGUCGAUCAACGCAACUCAUUCAGAGUUGCACCCAGGAUCUCAGCUCACUCGUCCGAACCUGAGCAGGACCAGGGGUCAGCGAGACAAGCGAAGGAGGCUACCCCAGGGAAAAGCAGACACAGGCAGGCCUCAGGGUCAACCCGAAGACGGAGGAGCUCCUCUCUGAAGACCAGCGUUGUGGAAGAAAAGCAUGAAGAAGAGGGGGAGCAGGUUGAAAGGGUGAUAAAUGGAGAGAUCCCAGAGGAAAACACUCACGAGGUUUCUAGCGCUUCAGUGAACUGCCAAGGAAGGGAAGAAGAUGAUGGAAAAUCCAUUGUUGUGGGUCGGGACGGAGCUCGGAACGAUCUGGCGCCGUGGCAACAAGAAGACUUCUGCAUCGACAGCGUUCUGAAAGCAGCACCAAAAAGCCGGGGCUCUGUGCGACGCAGCCUGCGGAACCGGAAGAAUCUUGAUGAUCGGGACUCUGGUCUUGCCUGGGUUGAUCGCACCUCACCGGACGUCAACGACGCGUCGAGACGGAGAACACGGGGCAGAUGUAGCAUGACGCAAGUCCCGAAACCUCUACAGCCCCCUCUGUUUGAGGAACCUGACCUGGGAAAACGGUGA